GCUGGGAGGGUUACCAUGGAGACGUCGAAAACGAGCGCGAGCCGCCUCGAUCCCAUUCAAGGUUCAGCUCCAGCCUCCUCGGAGCUCGCAGGUGUUCCUCCACGUAAAGGCACGGCGGAGGGAAGAGGAAAGAGGCGGGACUCACCUUCGGGCAGAGCAACGAACACGAACACGCGAGGAACUAGAGCGAUAUAGAAGAGACCCAAAGCGCUCCAGGGCACGGCUCAGAACGCGCAGAAUCUUUCCCAGAGGCCUCCACGGCGGCCCUCCAGAACGCGCCUGCUCAGCAAGCACUGGCCCUGGCCCUGCUCCCGGGGGUCUCUGGGUAGUGUAGUCCACUUCUCCACUGGGCUAGAUCGGAAGGUGCAUGGGGCCAUAGGCCGCACCCCCAUGAUUGGGUCCAUAGAGUUGGAAACAGAGCGCCUCGCGAUGACGGAGCUCCGGGCUGGCGCCGCCCGGAGGAGCCUGGGAAAUAUAGUUUGGGUUGAGGAGGAGGGUGGAAGGAAGGAGAUGCGCGCGCAGCCCCUUCCCGGCGACCAGAAGAGUGUCUGUCUCUCCGUCCGGCGGUUGCUCGGAGCUAGAGGUGGGGAAACUGAGGCACGGAGAGGACAAAACUCUUGGCCAGGGUCUUUCAGCUGGGUCCUUUGUGAGGCAUUUUCGGUCUAGAGGCAGUGGUAUGAGGAUACGGUGAGGUGACUCUUGUGUCUUGUGUGCUGGCCAGACGGAGUCCGAGGAGACGGAGUCCGAGGAGACGGAGUCCGAGGCGACGGAGGCCCAGGCGACGGAGGCCCGGGCCACGGAGGCCCGGGUGACCGAGGCCGGGGCCACGGAGGCCGGGGCGACGACGGAGGCUGCUCAGCGUAAGCCUCCGCAGGCGCCGGCCUCCUCCUCGGAGCCGGUGGCGGAGGUGUCGCCAGCAUCCCUGAUGCAGAUGCAGAUGCACUGCCAAUGCCACAUGUGCAUCAGCGCCUUCCAGGCGCAGAUGAGCCUCAGCGUCCACUUUAAGGAGCGCUACGCCCCCAAGAUCUAUGAAUGUGCCGAGUGUCAGAAGACCUUCAAGCAGAAGGGGAGCCUGACGGUCCAUGAGCGCAUGCACACGGGCGAGAAGCCCUACGUGUGUCUGGACUGUGGCAAGUGCUUCCGCAACGGAGGCAACCUCACGGUGCAUCGGCGGGUGCACACGGGCGAGCAGCCCUACAAGUGCGACGCGUGCGGCACGGGCUUCAGUCAGAAGGGCAGCCUCGUGGUUCACCUUCGAAUCCACACGGGACAAAAACCCUACGAGUGUCCGCAGUGUGGGAAGAGGUUCAGCACCCGCGGGAACCUGGUGAAGCACCUCAGAGUCCACACAGGAGACAGACCCUAUAAGUGCAGCCAGUGCGAGAAAAGCUUCACGCAGAGGGGCAGCCUGACUGUGCACAUGCGCAGCUGCUCCAAGGCCCCCCUCUUGGCCUUCUGCGCCCCCGACAGCUGUUUCCCUUGAUUUCCUUUGUUUCCCUUUCCGUUUUCCUCUCCAUAGCCAUGGCCACCACACACGAUGCCCACAUGCGCAGCCUGCUUUCUAUUGCUUUGUGUCUCUUCACAUGCUCCCAGUGAGGCCACAGUUCUUGUUUUAUUUGAUGCCCAUCGCCCUGUUUGCUUUGCUCUGCUUUGAGGUGUCUUUUUAGGCUGGAAAUCAGCUUUCAAUUUUUUUCUUGCUGAGGAAACUUCAAUAGAGCAGCCCACAUUCUGAGCAAUGAUUCUUGUAUCUUGAGUGCAAAGAUGUCCCGCUUGUGAUGUGUCAGACAUGGGAUACAUUUGGCUGAUUCUGCUGUUAGCCGGGUUGAAUUUUCACUACACUUACAAAGUAACAAGUUCCCUCUUUCAGUCCAAUGUAGGCCUUUGUUGAAUACAUCAUUAGUAUUUGAAUUACAUCCAAGAUACUGCCAGUACAGUAAUGGACACGUUUUCUUUGCCAGAAUGCAGUUAGCGUGCACAAGAGUUUUUUUAAUUUUUUGUAUAUACCUUUUACAGUUUAUUUGCUGAAAUUAAAGAAUUCACAUGGGAUUGUCCUGCCAGGAAUAUGUUCAAAGAUGACUGUGGAGCUACCAAACCAGAUGCAUCAACAAAUGAUUCCAGCCACCAUGGCUCCCAGGCUGAGCUGUCUUCAGUUGGGACUUGUCAUAAUGACACUGUCUUUAAGUCAUCUGUAUAAAUUAGGGGGGCACCCGGCCCUAUCCAACCUUCAAUAUUUGUAAUUCCAAAAGAAUUUUGGAACUCCUGGUGGCUUAAUACAAAAUCCUGAUGUCACAAAAUGUUUGUUGCCUGAAUCAACAUGACAAUAAAGUGCCUAAUUUGUAGGUAUUCAAACCAUG